AUGGAAAGCAGUAAACGGUACAAUCCAUAUGUGAAAGUCCUUCCAGAGGAGGAAAUUGUGAUCUCUGGUAUUUCAGGACGGUUUCCCAAUACUGAUAAUAUGAAACAACUAGAAGAAAAUGUUUUGAAUAAAAUAUACCUAGGUUCCGAUGAUAGUCGACGAUGGAGUAAUGUUCAUUACGAUAUGCCGAGUCGAUCGGGAUUUAUUAACCAUGAACGGAAGUUCGACGCGCAAUUUUUCAACAUGACACCUUCGGAAGCGCACGCCACUGAUCCUAUGUAUAGGAUGUUGCUUGAACAUACCUACGAAGCGAUUAUUGAUGUCGGUGUAAAUCCUAAAGAAUUAAGAGGAACAAAAACCGGUGUCUUCAUAGGAUCAUGUUACUCUGCGACAAGAAACAUAAUUACCUAUUAUAAGCCUUAA